AUGAGUGGUGGUGGUGGUGGUGGUGGUGGUGGAGAAGAAGGACCUGAUUUGCCAUUUACUCCUACAUGGGUUGUUGCUCUUGUUUGCACUAUCAUCGUCGCUGUUUCAUUCGCCGUCGAACGUUCUCUACAUUAUCUUGGCAAGUUUCUUAAGAAGAAAAAUCAGAAACCACUCUUUCAAGCCUUACAAAAAAUCAAAGAAGAGUUGAUGCUUGUGGGUUUUAUUUCUCUCUUGCUGGCUGUAACACAAAAUACAAUCACAAAAAUUUGUGUUCCACAAAGUUGGACUCUUCAUAUGCUUCCUUGUAGUCUUGAAGAAAAAGAACAUGUUGAAUCAAAAUUAUCAUCCACUAAACAUUUUCAAACUUUUUUCUCUUCCGAUGAUGUUUUCGGCGCUGCUAGGCGCCUUCUCGGUGACGAUAAUGAUCAACCAUCAACAGAAGAAAGCCGUGGAUAUUGUGCUUCCAAGGGAAAGGUACCUCUAUUAUCAAAGGAAGCACUACAUCACUUGCAUAUCUUUAUUUUUGUCCUAGCUAUUGUUCAUGUAUCUUCAUGUGUUUUGACUAUAAUUUUUGGAGGAUUAAAUAUUCGUCGAUGGAAGCACUGGGAAGAAUCAAUUGUUGCAGAUGAAAAUCAUCAAUCACAACAUACUCCGGGACGGAUCGAGAUGGUGACUCCUGUUCAUCAGCAUGCUUUUAUAAGAGAUCAUUUUACUGGUAUUGGCAAAGAUUCUUCUCUAAUGGGAUGGCUGAAAUCAUUUUUCAAGCAAUUUUAUGGAUCUGUGACAAAGUCGGAUUAUGAGACAUUAAGGCUUGGUUUCAUUAAGACUCAUUGUAGAGGAAAUCCUAAGUUUAAUUUUCACAAGUACAUGAACCGUGCACUUGAAGAUGAUUUCAAGAAAGUUGUUGGUAUUAGUUGGUAUCUUUGGAUCUUUGUGGUAAUAUUUUGGUUGCUUAAUAUCCAUGGUUGGCACACAUAUUUCUGGGUUGCUUUCAUUCCUGUCCUUCUUCUACUUGCUGUUGGAACAAAGCUAGAACAUGUAAAAAUUCAAUUAGCACAUGAAGUAGCUGAAAAACAUACAGCCAUACAAGGUGAAUUAGUUGUUAAACCAUCAGAUGAUCACUUCUGGUUUCAUCGCCCUCGCAUCGUCCUCUUCUUGAUUCAUUUGAUCCUUUUUCAAAACUCUUUUGAGAUUGCAUUCUUUUUCUGGAUACUGAUAACAUAUGGCUUUGAUUCAUGUAUAAUGGGGAAAAUCAAGUACAUUAUUCCAAGGCUCGUUAUUGGGGUAUUUAUUCAGGUGCUAUGUAGUUAUAGUACCCUACCACUGUAUGCAAUUGUUACACAGAUGGGAACUCACUUUAAGAAAGCCAUAUUUGAUGACCAAGUACAAGCAAGACUUGUUGGUUGGGCACAAAAGGCAAAGAAGAAAGGAUUAAGAGGUGAUAAUAAUAAUCAAUCUGCCCAAGGAAGUUCUCAUAAUGGUGCAAAUAUUCAAUUAGGGUCUGUGUUUAGAAGAGGCCCUGCCCAAGAAGAAAACACCAUUGUCCCUAUAAAUGAAGAGUCUAUAAGAACAUGUAGUAAUUAAAAUGUUUAUAAUCCUUUUUUCUUUUUUAAUAAAAAGAUUAUAAACAUUUUUGUUACAUCCAAUACGUUAUUCAAAAAAGAUUAUAAACAUUUUUGUUA